AUGUCCACCAUGAGCCUCGAUGCGUUCUCACCCGCAGAAACAGUCGAGCUCAUUGCCCGCGCGGGCACAGCCAAAGGCCACAUGCGCCUGGACAAAGUGUUCUUCAGCGCCGUAUCAGCCGGCUGUCUGCUCGCCUUUGCCUGUGGAACUGCCUUGAGCACCAAUGCCUCGCCGUGGUUCCAGGAGAAUGCGCCUGGGCUGAUCCGCACCAUCAGCGCCUUAGUCUUUCCCUAUGGCUUGUGCAUGAUCAUCCUUACCGGGGCUGAUCUCUGCACUGGGUCCUUCAUGUUCACAACAGUCGCCGCCCUCCAACGCCAACUCCCCUGGUGGAAAAUGCUUCUCCACUGGUUCGUCACCUUCUGGGGUAAUCUGUGCGGCUCACUCUUCGUCGUCGCCAUCAUCUUCGGCUACGGCGAGGUCUUCGCCUCCGACCCUUACAAAUCCGAAGCCAUCGCCUUCGCUACCAAAAAGCAAUUCACCCCGUCCUUCCACCAGAUCCUUGUCCGCGGCAUCGGCUGCAAUUGGCUCGUCUGUUUAGCCUGUUUCUUCGGACUGCAGGGCCGGGAUCUCGCGUCCAAGAUUAUCGGGAUCUGGUGGCCGAUCUUCGCGUUCGUAUCCAUGGGCUUCGAUCACGUCGUCGCCAAUAUGACCUUCGUGCCGCUGGGUAUCUGGUUAGAAGCACCUGGUCUCUCGGUGGGGUUGUACAUCUGGAAGGGGAUUAUUCCCACGUUGAUUGGGAAUGUGCUUGGUGGUGCGGUAUUCGUGGGGAGAAAGUGUGAAGCUGACGGGAUUGAGAGAGCGGAAUUAUAG